GCCGCAACCACCCCUUCCGGAUCAUGGAAGCUUCUAAAAGGAAUAGGGAAGGAAGGAAGCCCCCUCCCUUUCUGGAGUCACUUCCUGAUACAAAUUCUCCUAGAAUGAACGCGGGCGGGCGCGCGGUAGAGUAGAAGUUUCUUGCUCUCUGGCAAGACACCUCGGGCGAGUGAACGCCACUACAGAAGGAUGGCAGCCGCUAUGGGACUGACCUCUCUGAUGCAUUCGUGAGCCGUGCGCGAGCUCUGCCAGAAUUCCAGAGAAACGUUUUUAGAGGCCUCCCGUUUGUUGCUUACGUAUGCGGAUAAUAUCAUCAGGGAGAAACCCAUCUUGUUUUUCCAAUGGAAGCUUGGAGACCUAAUUGCUGGGGAAAGAACUAGUCGAUUAAAUGGAUCAAAUCAAUCUGAAAGGUCAGGAUCCUCUGAGAGGGUGAUGAAUGUAGAGUCUGAUGCCCCUCAGCCAUCAAGAAAUGCUGGUUCUAAUCUAGCCCCCGCCCACAGGACACUACAGUCAUCAGCUGCUGAGUCUGCUGUCAUGACAGGUGAAAUGGUUUUCUUAAAGACGCUUCACUCAAACUUUCAGCAUGUAAUGAUAUAUGAAAACCCUGGUUUACAAAAGAAAGCAUUGGCUUGUAUCCCAAUCUGGGAACUUAAAAAGAAAGUUCAAGAUAGUCUAACACAAGCAAGAAAGACUGAUGGAGGCACCCUUGUGAAUGAACAGGACUUUCUGUUGCUGGAGCUUCUGAAUUGGUUUAAAUGUGAUUUUUUCCAGUGGGUAAACAACCUUCCUUGCAGCAAGUGUGAGGGCCAGACAGAAUCUAAAGGUAACUUGACACCUAGUGAGGAUGAUCUGAGAUGGGAUGCAAGUCGAGUUGAAAAUCACUUUUGUAACCAUUGCCAAUUAAGCAACAGAUUUCCAAGGUACAAUAAUACCGAAAAACUGCUGGAAACUAGGCGUGGACGCUGUGGAGAGUGGGCCAACUGCUUUACCCUCUGUUGCAGAGCUGUAGGUUUUGAAGCAAGAUAUGUUUGGGAUGCAACAGAUCAUGUGUGGACAGAAGUUUAUUCUUCAUCACAGCAGAGGUGGCUUCACUGUGACCCAUGUGAAAAUAUCUGUGAUAAACCCCUCCUGUACGAGAUUGGAUGGGGGAAAAAACUCUCCCACAUUAUUGCAUUCUCUAAAGAUGAGGUUGUUGAUGUAACCUGGCGAUAUUCUUGUAAACAUGAUGAUGUGCUUUCUAGAAGGACACAGGUUGAAGAAGCUGUGCUACGUGAAACCAUCAACAGCCUUAACAAAAUGAGACAACAAUCUUUAACUGAAAGCAGAAGAAGGGAGUUGUUAGAGAGGAUCAUUGUGGAGCUUGUUGAAUUUAUUUCUCCAAAGACUCCAAAGCCAGGAGAACUUGGUGGAAGGACAUCUGGAUCCAUUGCAUGGAGAGUAGCCAGAGGUGAAAUUGCCUUGGAGAACAAGGAAGUUGUUUUUAUUCCAACUGGAAAAGAGAAGACCUCUAAGCUUCUCCACCUCAGAUAUAAUAUAGUGAAAGAUUGUUACAUGCGAAUAUCCAACAAUAAUGAAAGGAUUAAUGGUUGGGAGAAAGGCGUAUGGAAGAUGGAAUCUGUAUGGAGAAAGGUUGAAUCAGACUGGAAAAUGGUUUAUUUAGCCCGAAAAGAAGGAUCAUUGUCUGGUUAUAUCAGCUGGAAGUUUGAGUGUGGGUCUGUUGGUCUAAAAAUAGAAAGCAUUUCUGUCAGAACGAGCAGUCAGACAUUUCAGAGCGGAAAGGUGAGGUGGAUGCUGUGCUCUGGAAACACAGAAGUUGGUGUUAAUGGAGAUAAAAACCUUCACUCUUACCCUGAUAUUUCCAACAUAACAGAUGUUCUUUUGAAAGCAGAACUAAGUGGAGGGGAUGGUGAUAUUGCAUGGCAACACACACAGCUGUUUAGACAAAGUUUAACUGAUGGAGAAGAUUGUUUUGAGAUCAUUAUAAAAUUCAAUGAACUUUGAAUACCUGAAAAAAGAAGACACCUGUAUGAAGUAAGGACUUCUGGCACAAAAUAUUUGAAAGCAUAUGUAGGAACAUCAUGCCCAUAGCUCUGCAUUUUUCAUUAGACAGUUAUGAAGAAAUUGAUUUUGUUAAUGCGGCAUACAAAGAAAUCCUGGUAUCUUGUAAGUGUGCCCUUGAAAUAACUAUAAUCAUCCAGAAAGGUAGCAUUUUGUAUUCAAAGAGAAGGUGAAAACUUAUUAAUCCAAUUCUACACACAUAUAUUUGUUAGUAAGCCUCAUUGGACAUAAUGGAAUUUAUUUUCUGAGUAGAAAUGCACAGGAUUGGGCUGCAUGUCAUGUAAGGCUGGGACUCCUGCUUUCUUCUCAGCAGUGUAUACUGAGAAUUUUUUUUUAAAUUUAAUAAAGAUUUCUGUUUGAACUUUGAAUCAAGAAAUUUGAUUACUUACAAAAAAGGAACCUGUAAUACUUGAACUUUCUCUUUGCUUGUAAUUUUAUAAUAGGCAGUUUAUUGCAUUCAUAAAGAAACAAUCUGUGGAACAACUAGCAGCUCCUGAUGUCAUUUUGGGUUGAACUGAAAUUCUUUUUAGGCUUUAGACAAAACUUUGUUGACAGAAAGCUAAUUUGGAUGUCUACUAAGUUCUUCUUAAAUUUUCCAAGUUAAAUAUGUACUAUAAUUUAAAAAGCAAAUAUUUUGGACUUUGGUCAUGUAAAAAAGAAUAAAUUGUAUCUCUAAAAUACUGUAAUAGACUGUUAUGUAAAGAUGGAUCUUGGACUGCAUAAAAUUAUUAAGUUUUGAUAAGACUGUAUUAUGCAUAUUUUGUACUUUAUAAAUAUUGAUUAUCUGCUCUUUCUAUGAA